AAAAUAGAAAAUCUACUCUGGUGUUUGGUGUGGAUAUCGAUCAUGUAAAAAACCUAACAGAAAUGUUUCAAGAAUAUGGGGUCAAUGCUCAUGGUAUAACCAGUCAAACAAAAACAUAUAAACGUGCAGAAAUUUUAAACAAUUUUAAAGCAAAGUUAUUCCCAGUUUUAGUUAAUUGUGGUAUUUUAACUGAAGGCACGGACAUUCCCACCAUUGAUUGUAUCAUAAUGAGUAGACCAACGAAAUCACAUGUACUCUUUCAACAAAUGAUCGGGCGUGGAAUGCGUAUUGCAGAAGGAAAAGAGGAUUGUUUAGUUUUGGAUUUCAUUGAUUCAUAUUCCAAAAUUCCGGAUCUAAUUACCGCCCCCACACUAUUUGGGUUAGAUCCUAAUAUAGAGUUAAAUGGUUUGUCUAGCUC